AGUUUUAUUGCAGGGCGCUCUGUUCACAACCAAAGAAUCGAAAGACUUUGGGUAGAUUUAGCGCGUAAUAUAGUAAAGACUUAUUUUACAAUUUUUAUGUAUUUAGAGGAUAGAUGUGGAUUAGAUAUUAAUAAUCCCAUAUACAUUUUUUGCUUGCACUAUGUAUUUAUACCUCGAAUAAAUCAAAGUUUAUCCCAAUGGAAAGCUUCCUGGAAUAACCACAAAAUUCGUACGGAGAAUCACCAAACUCCAAUGCAAUUAUACAGUAAAGGUAUGAUUGAAUUAGGUUUUAGAGGAAUGGAGGAUGAUUUAGUUGAUCCAAAUGAAUACGGAAUUGAUUGGGAGGGUCCAACUCCUGCUGAAGAAGACAAUACUGUGACUGUUGAUGAACCAAGAAAUGUAUUGACAGACGAACAGUAUCAAUCUUUGCGAUCAACGGUUAAUCCAUUAGAAGAGGAUGAAGAAGGUUUUGGAAUAAAUAUUUAUAA